AUGGUGCACAAGGAUGAUUGUAGGUUUAUGUACUAUUUUUCAGCCUUGGACCCUUGCAUUAGGGAGUUCGCCCACACGAAAAAGGUUAUUGCGGUCGUUUGCACUCAUUUACAUGAUAAGUACAAGGAGAAUGAUGCACCUUGGACGUUCUUCUUUGAGAAGCUGAAGUCUAUAGUGGUCGAUGGACCAGAUUUGUGUUUUAUCUCCGAUAGUCACAAGAGCAUCGCCAACGGCAUUGCUAGGGCUUACAACCAUGCACACCAAGGGUACUGCAUGAGACACCUAGGUAAAAAUCUCAGAGUAAAUCACCAAUGCAGAGAUCACCUCUAUCUAUUCUACCACGCGGCAAAGGCAUAUUCUUUCGAGAAGUUUAGCGACCAUUUUGCAGAAUUCAAGAACUUUUAUCCAGAGGCAGCUUUUUUCCUCGAGAGUGAUCUUGGUUUUGAGAAGUGGAGCAGGGCAUAUUUCCCCAAUAACAGGUUUGAUGUGAUGACCACAAAUAUUGCCGAGUCGAACUACUCUAUGUUGAGUGCUGAAAGAGAGUAUCCCAUGGCAUCCAUAUUCAAUUCGAUUGCUAAGAGGUUUGAUGAGAAAUUCAGGGAGAAGAGUGCAUAUGUCCUCAACUAUAAGGAUAACAAAUCUAUGCCUACCGUAAAAAAGAUCUUAAGGGAUAAUAUAAGCGAGGGCGACUCCUUCUAUGUGGAGAACGUAAGCGGAGAUGACAAGCAAUUCAUAGUGUUCGGCAGUGGUCGUACGACCAAAGUCAACCUACUGGUAAAGUCGUGUUCUUGCAGGAAGUUUGACUUAGUCAAAAUACCAUAUGUUCACGCAAUAGCCGCUUUGUGA